AUGGCACCUAAUUUGAAAGACAAGGAUUUUCCACAAGCGGACAAGAAAAUACAGGAACCGCUAAAGACGAAGGCAGUGAAACGGGAAUACACUAUAUUGUACCAUGUAGUUCUACUCCUCGCAUACUUGCACAUUGCAGCACUGCACGGAGUGUACUUGCUAUUCACUUCCGCUAAAUGGGCCACUCUAGUAUUCAACGUUUUGGCCUUCAUAGUCGGAAGUUAUGGUGUAUCAGCGGGCGUGCACCGGCUCUGGUCCCACCGCGCCUAUAAGGCGAAGAUGCCGCUGCAGAUUAUACUGAUGCUCAUGCAUACCAUAACCGGCCAGACAACUAUUAUCAACUGGGCUAGGGACCACAGAGUGCACCACAAGUACUGCGACACCGAUGCCGAUCCAUACAGUUCAGCGAGAGGACUAUUUUACUCACACAUUGGUUGGUUAUUGGUGGAGAGACACCCGGAAUGCCUUCAAAAGGGAAAAGAAAUAGACAUAUCGGAUUUACUGCAAAACCCGGUAUUACGGUUUCAGAAGAAAUACUACUCUAUCCUCAGCCCUUUGAUGGUGUUCAUACUACCGACUCUGAUACCAAUGUACUUCUGGAACGAAUCCCUAACCAACGCGUACCACGCCCAUCUCGCCUAUCUCAUGCUCGGCGCCAAUGCUACGUUUUGUCUCAAUAGCAUCGCGCACGCGUUCGGCAAUAAACCCUACGACAAAAAUAUAUCGGCUACAAAAAUUGUACCCUUGUCGCUUAUGUCAUCCGGGGAGGGAUAUCACAACUUCCACCACGCUUUUCCAUUUGACUACCGAUCUUCUGAAUUUGGAAAUGAUUAUAUAAAUUUUUCAACUCAUUUUAUAGAUUUCUUUGCGCGAAUCGGUUGGGCAUAUGAUUUGAAAAUCACGACCCCCGAAAUGAUUGCGAAAAGAGUGAAAAGAACCGGGGACGGAACUCAUCGUAAUCAGGGCGAGUGAAGGGAGGUUUGAAAAAUUAACAAGCUAAUAGGUUUUUAUUAUAAUAGACAUUAAUUCUAACGAAUCUGCUUGAAAGGUAUCGGAAAACAUACAAAUUUGGAAGAAAAAGGUUUUAAUAUUUAAGUGUAGUUAACUUAAUCUUUCGUUAAAGUUAAUCGUUUUUUCGUUUAGCAGCAUACGUGUUUAGAAUCAAUAGAAGAGAGGCUAGGGUCUACCGCAAAUCUGAUCUUCUGUAUUCAUCUUUGCUACUUGAUUACUGCAAGAACAAAAGCUUUAGACGAACUCGAUAAACAGACUUUGCCGUUAUACUUAGAUCUGACCCGAGUGGGUUGCGGUUGUGACUAAGGGCUGAUACU